CUCUCUCUCUCUCUCCUUCACCUUCAUCUCUCCCUCCUCUCCCUCCCCCUCGCCUUGCUCUAACCCUAAUCGGUCCAGCUCUAACCCUCUCAGUCUUGUUGAUCUCCGCUACGAUUAGUCGCCGUGUUGAGGCAAUGGGCGCAUUGGAAGGAGAUUACGGUGGGAAUGCGGGCUGAGGAGAUCUGGUGGGGUGGCGAUGGGGAAAUCCGAAGAGGAGCAGCCUGCGCCCGCGCUGCCGACGUCCCCGCCUGAGGCUUCCGAGAGGAGUUCCGGCUCCGGAUUCCCGCGCUGCCGCUCGAUCGGGCGUGUAGUGCGGCCCCGCUGCGUCGCCGCUCUGAUUCUUGGCCUCGCGGUGCUGCUGUCGGCGGUGUUCUGGUUGCCGCCGUUCGUGAAGAUGUACGGGCGUCACGAUCGGGGUUCGCGGUUCACAGCUGAAGUUGUUGCGAGUUUCAGACUACAAAAGCCAGUGGCUCUGCUAAAUGCCAAUAUUGGAAAACUUCAAUUUGACAUCUUUGAAGAAAUUGGUGUCCCUGAUUCUUCGGUAGCCGUAAUCUAUCUGGAGCCUUUGGGUGGAUCUAACUGGACAAAUGUGGUUUUUGGAGUUUGGCCCUAUCCAAGAAAUUCAACUCUCUCAACAACUGGGCUAAGCAUACUUAGGGAGUCUUUUAUGUCCUUGGUCGUAAGGCAGUCAACACUUCAUCUGACUGCAUCCUUGUUUGGGAACUCAUGGUUCUUUGAAGUGCUUAAGUUUCCUGGAGGGAUCACCAUAAUACCCCCUCAAAGAGCUUUUCUUUUGCAGAAGGUGCAAAUGCUUUUCAAUUUUACUUUAAAUUUUUCUAUUGAUCAAGUCCAGGACAAAGUCAGUGAACUGAAGGAUCAGAUGAAGGCUGGACUACUUCUCAACUCGAAUGAGAAUUUAUAUGUUAGAUUGACAAACUUGGAGGGCUCUACAGUUGCUCCUCCAACAAUUGUUCAAACCUCCAUUAUACUUGCAGUUGGGAAUCGGCAACCCUCCCUGCCAAGGUGGAAGGAGUUGGCUCAAACAAUUCGGAAUUCUUCUGCAGGAAACCUUGGCCUAAAUCAUACUGUAUUUGGUAGAGUAAAGCAAAUACGUCUUUUCUCUUUUCCUCAACAUUCCUUGAAUAAUGGAGGAAAUACUGGUUCACCAAGUCCAGCUCCUCAACCAAAUCCAGAUCAUAAUCACCAUUACCUGCACCACCACCAUCAUCACCAUGGCCAUCAUCACCAUAUUCCUAUGCACCUUGCUCCUGCUCCUGUGCCUGAUACAGCUCCACAACCUGCUUACCAAUCUCCAACUCCCUCUGGCUGCCGAUAUCGAUUUUCAAGAAAACCAAGAAGCAAGGGUUAUUUGGCCCCAGUUGCUGCACCUGUUGAUGCUCCAAAGCAUUCUGCUGCACCAGAAGCUGUUUUGGGGCACUCUACUAGGCCUGCAAGUGCUCCACAACAUCUACUUGCUCCUCGUGUGCAUGAAAAUUCACCUGUUCCAGCUCCAAACAUGAAUCCACCUUCUCCUUCACCUGCUGUUUCUUUUACCCAUGUUCAACCUCGUAGUGAGGGUAUAACAGAUAACAAGCCUCCUGAUAGGUUGCCAUCUAUUUCACCUGCACCAUAUUCAUCUUUUGCUUCAGGCAAGAGUUCUGUUCAUUUGCUCCUUGCACCACUCUUGUACGUGAUACUGAGUUGUUAAGAAGGGAAAGCUGUCUACAAGAGAAGCUGGACAAAGUAGUCCCCGAUGCCAUAAGAAACCAGAAGUUAGCAGGGAGAUGCAACACAACUUUGAUGUUGUAUAUAUGGAGUAACUGCAGUUUAGCAGGUAUGUUUUCCGGUCAAAGCCACCGAGGUGGCAGGCCAUCGAUAGGUACGCAAGGGUUUCGCGGCUAUGUACUAUUUUUCACACUAAGUUAAGCAAUGUAUUUGGCCUCUAAUUAUUUCCUAUUGGCUUCCAUUUGACUGGA